AUGAGGAUAAUACCACCAAUCGAGCCAACCAAGCCUCCAAUCAAUUUAGAGUUUCUUUCAGCGACUGAUCCAGUGUUGGCGGAUACUACUGCUGAGGUGGGUAUUGCAACUACUGUGGUGAUGGUAGUAUCGGCAUUAGUAACAACCGAUGUAUAUGAGGAGGUGAAAGAAGUGAAUGUUGGUGUUGUUGAUGAGGAAGUGGUUCUUGUACGGCUUGAUGAAGUGGUUGUAGCAGCAACUAUCGAGGAGGAGGAGGAAGAAGAAGACGAUGAAGAUGAUGAAGAGCGUGAAGAAGAAGAAGAGGACGAUGAAGAGGAUGAUGCUUCUGAUGAUGAGGAGGAACUUGAUGAUUCCGACGAGCUCGACGAUGAUGGUGAUGACGAUGAUGAUGAUUCUGGUUCUGAUGAUGAAGAGAAACUUGAUGACUCUGGUGUAAACAGUGACAGUGAAAAAGAUGAUGAUGAUGAUGAUGAAUCGGUUGACUCAGUCAGUGUUGCAAAUUCCAGGGAUGAACUUGGAAAAGAGCUGGAUGAAACGCUUUCUGAUGAACUUGAACUUGAACUUGAACUUGAAAUUUCAGUGGAACUCUCACUAGAACUUGAGGAUGAAACAAAAGCACUUGAGCUCUCGCUGCUAGUCUCCGAAGAUGUGCUCUCGAAUGUAGAUGAUGAUGAAAACGUGGAGGAGCUUGACAUUUCACUAGAAGAAGAUGAAGAAGAAGAAGGAGGCGCCAGUGAUGAAGAUGAAGGAGUGGACUCACUUGCUGAGGAGGAAAAUGAUUCCAUCGACGAUGAUAAUGAUGAUGAUAUUAUAUCUGACAGAGAAUUUUCUUGUUGCAGUUGUGAAGAUGACACAAAGUCUGAUGAAGAUGAAGAUGAAGAUGGAGUCGAAUUUGUCUCGGAGGCAGAUGUUGGUGAUGGUGAGUUUGAGCUCAGUGGGUCAAUCACCGCACUACUUGGCUCGACAAUCGAUGUCAAGUUUGAAUCCAUGCUUGAGGAGCUCAGGCUCGUUGUGGGUGUAUCACUGUGGCACUACUUGAUGUUGGUGUUGCUGUAG